AAAAAUUAUACUUAAAAAAAAUCUAAAAAGAGAAUAAUAAUGUGUCGUUGGUGCACCAACUUCCCCUCGAGCUAAGAUUAUAAAGGCAAGACGCUUCACUCAGCAGCAGUAACUAAACUUGCCUCCAAAAACCAAUCCCAGAUCUGAAUCUCAACCUAAACCUCAGAUUCAUCAUCAUGGCUUCUUCUUCUAACUACGAUGGAAUCCUUCUCGGUAUGGGUAACCCACUCCUCGAUAUCUCUGCCGUCGUCGACGACGAAUUUCUCACCAAGUAAAUAAACUCUCAGAUCCCUCUUUUUCUAUUUGUUUCCAAUUCCUUUUGCUGUAUCCAUUGUCGCUAUCUCUCUCUGGGAUUUUGGUUUGAAUCUAGAUUUGAUAGUUUGAUUCUUCUUCAGUGGCAUAAACUCUGUGAUUUGUGUGCGUUUUUUUUGUUUAUGUUGUUCUCUAAUCGUGUUGACAGAUACGACAUCAAGUUGAACAAUGCGAUUCUCGCGGAAGACAAACAUUUGCCCAUAGAUUGAUUCAAUGCUUCAGAAGUCUGGAUUGUUUCAGCUAAAUAUCUCAUCCUCUCUUUAUAAUAUAGACUAUAUAGUUGAUGGUUUGAGAAACAGAAAUUCACUUUGAAACUUUUUUUGUUUCUUUUUUUAAAAGGUAUGAUGAGAUGAGUAGCAAGUUCAAUGUUGAAUACAUUGCCGGAGGUGCUACUCAGAACUCAAUCAAAGUGGCUCAGUGGAUGCUUCAAAUUCCUGGGGCAACCAGUUACAUGGGAUCCAUUGGAAAGGACAAAUAUGGAGAGGCCAUGAAGAAGGAUGCUACAGCAGCUGGUGUUAAUGUUCACUAUUAUGAAGAUGAGUCGGCACCUACUGGAACUUGUGGUGUCUGUGUUGUUGGUGGAGAAAGGUCUCUUAUUGCGAAUCUUUCAGCUGCAAACUGCUACAAGGUUGAUCACCUUAAGAAGCCUGAAAACUGGGCAUUGGUUGAGAAGGCCAAGUUCUACUACAUUGCUGGAUUCUUCCUCACAGUAUCGCCUGAAUCCAUUCAGUUGGUAUCUGAGCACGCUGCUGCAAACAACAAGGUGUUCACAAUGAACCUUUCUGCUCCAUUCAUCUGUGAAUUCUUCAAAGAUGUGCAGGAGAAGUUCUUGCCAUACAUGGACUUCGUUUUCGGCAAUGAGACAGAGGCAAGAACCUUCUCUAGGGUUCAUGGCUGGGAGACUGAAGAUGUCGAACAAAUAGCCAUCAAGAUUUCACAGCUUCCCAAGGCCACAGGAACAUACAAGAGGACCACUGUGAUUACACAGGGCGCUGAUCCAGUGGUUGUUGCUGAAGAUGGAAAGGUGAAGAAAUAUCCAGUCAUCCCUCUCCCAAAGGAGAAGCUGGUUGACACCAACGGUGCAGGUGAUGCAUUUGUGGGAGGAUUUAUGUCACAGUUGGUGAAAGAGAAAUCGAUUGAGGAAUGCGUGAAGGCUGGAUGCUAUGCGUCGAACGUGGUGAUCCAAAGAUCUGGCUGCACUUACCCUGAGAAGCCCGACUUUAACUAAACAAUUGGGUUACCCUCAGUUUUGUGAUAUCUUCCAAAUAAAACAACCUUUGAAUUAUUAUUGCUUGAGUGUACUUUUUACCACUUUUAUUCUCAUUAUUAUUCCCUAAUUAAUAUUACCACCAUAGGUUUAGACAAGACAAGUCAUGUUUAAUCAAUGAAGGCUUCGAUGAGAAGAUUAUAUGAUAUCUACCAUCAGCUAAUACCUAAAAAUGGCUCAUUUCACAAACUCCUUAAAUGGAUCCUCUAACAUUAUUAAAAAAACCUAAACGUUAGUAGUAGAACCAUCUUCUUGAAUCAAAGACUCAUAACGAAUAACGAGGAGAAGCGCAACGGAGGACCUCGAGAAAGAGAGUUUCGUCACAAGCAAUACAAAGCUUGGAAUCUCCGGAAGUGAAAUCGUCGUAAGCUUCAUCUUUUGAUUGAUCAAGCAAAGCUCUGAAGAUGGGAUCGUGAAGCAACGUGAUCUUUAUAACGAACCUCUUAUAAGUUUCCUCAUCUUUACCAACGUACACCACAAGGUGUCCCUUUGGUACGUCAUGUGGUAUAUGAUAUUGAUCCUUAGGAUUUCCGGUGGCGACGCGGUGUUUGGCAACUCUGCUUGACAUUUGCUUCCAUGCCUUUGCGAUCAGCUUGCUCUUCUUCAUCAUGUUUAUGAGAGAGAUGAGAAAGAGAAAGAGAGAGACGUUUUUGGGGUUUAGUACUAGUGCCGUACAUGGGUA